UUUAGAUAUAUUUUGAUAGCAAAGCAAAGCGUUGACAAGGAUGUCGGAGAUAGUUCUCCGGUCGGCCGUUGAAAGGCUUCGGAGUUUACAGUUAGAUGAAACGGCGCCAUUGAAUGAAUCUGCUAAAGGAUAUUUGAAAGUCAUACUAACAAAGCUACAAUCAAUGUAUGUUUUAUUGAAAGGAAAAAACAGAGUAAAUGAAAUUGAAAAGAGAGUGAGACAAAUUGAACAGCUCAAUUAUCAAAUCGAAGACGAGAUCGAAUCGUCAAAGAGAUGGGAAUGGGAAGAAACUAAUUUUCUCAAAAUGCUUUGGAUAAUGAAACGUCUUAGUUUCAGUAUCCAGAAGAUCAAAUCAAAGAUGGAGACUAUCAUAAAACAAAUCGAAGAUAUAGCUAUUGAGACGGGAAACAGGAGCCCUGCUCCUCUUUCGCAGCAGUUACCAGACCAUUUGCAACCAUGCUUUAUUUACUUAGGUCAUUUCCUGGAAGAUCAAUCCAUAGAUCCAGAAAAGUUGUCCCAUUUAUGGAUCAUUGAAGGGUUAUUAUGGAGAGGACAACGUGCUAAUGAGGAGAGCAUGAAUGACAUGAUAGAGCGAUAUCUGAUAGAUCUAGCUCGUGAAGGUAUGGUAGAGUUGCAAGAAGAGGAAGUUCCCGCCACCAAGAAAUUCAAGGCUUGCCGUUUUGUUCAAGGUAUGAAAAACCUUUGUAUCUCUAAUUGUGAAGAAAAAUGUUUUCUCAAAAUCAUAGAUUUAAGACAAGAGGACUGUUCUCUCUCAUCUACGAGUGAUGGACCAUAUCGACUCGUGAUAUAUCUAGGUAACCAUAAUGUUGAUAUUCCUACUAAACUUGCUAAAACUAUCCGUAGUCUUCGAGUGGCUCUUCAUAGAAACCAGCAUGAAUUGGUCGCCCCUACUAAAAUGUUAACCUAUAAAGAUUUCAAACUACUCAGAGUUGUUGAUUUCGAUGGGAUUAACUUUCCAAGACCGAAACUAGUUGAGGAUAUUUUCAAUCUUGAGUUCUUGAGGUAUCUGAGCUUCAAAGGGUGUGUCCUAGAGGAGUUGCCAUCAUCUAUUAGCAAGUUGUCCAACUUGCAAGUACUUGAUUUGAGAGUGGAAGGAGUAGGCGAAAUAAAGAUCACAAACGUUCUAUGGAAGAUGAGAAGGCUGAACCAUUUAUACCUUCCACUAAAAUUUGCAACUCAAAAUGGUGAAAAGUUGCAACUCUAUAGCUUGACAGAACUUAAAACCUUGGUGAACUUCAACACAAGGUUGUGUAGAGCUAAUGAUGUCUUGACACUUAAUAAACUACGGUACUUGGAAGCAAAAGUUGAAGAGAAUUUCUCCGACUUUGAAUCAAUCACUAGUUACAUGACAACUAGUACUUCAAACAAGUGCCCACUACAAUGCUGCAUUGAUGUCAUAGAUUUGGAUUGCUAUGCAGAGGAAAUGAAUACUGUUCUACUAGAAUUCUUUAGGUGUAAAGUACUUCGAACCUUGAAAUUCAAAGGACAUAUUGGCCACCUACCACCGUGUGAUAACAUCUCCCAGAAUCUCUCUCAGUUAGUUCUUAAUAAGUCUUGUCUUGGAGUAGAUCCCAUGCCAAUCUUGGAGAAGCUUCCUAGUUUAGGGAUUCUUAUCCUCUCUGAUAAUGCUUAUAUGGGGAAGAAAAUGGUGUGUUCUGCUAAAGGUUUCCCUCAGCUGAAAUGUUUACGACUCCUGAAUUUGUCUGAGCUGAAGAGAGUCGAGGUGGACAAUACAGCCAUGCCUAUUCUUUCCAAUGUAGAAAUCAAUAACUGCCAGCAACUUGAUAUCAACAACAUUCCCAUGCGUCUACGCAGUGCUGCUUGAAAAAAAAAAAAGAUCCUGAAACAAUGUUUUCUAGUCCUAUUCUUCUCUUUAUUUGGCAUUUCCAUUGUAAUGUUGCUUCUUUUUCAUACAAUUGUUAUGUUGCUUGAGACAAUAUGUUUUUGGGGGUUCGAUUUAUCAAAGUUUGAACAUUUAAGUAGUCAUUUUUUAGCACAUUCAUUUGAAAGAAAUGCAAUAUCCAGGAGUAGGUGAACCCAAGUUAAUCUCUGAUAUUGAUGCAGUCAUGUAUGAAUAUCAACUUUGCAGAAAUUGUUAUCGUCUUUGUAGUUGGGAUCACCUUGUAUUGUAAUUGGAAACUCAAUCGCAAUAAACCAAUAGAAUUUUUUCAAUUCGAUUUUUGCACACCCAUACGGACUGCGUUGGCCCCCAAAUUUGGUAAAGACAGGCCUCACAAAUCCUUUUUAUCCAACUCAAGUCGA